CGCGCGCACGAACACGCGCGCACACACACAGCGCGCUCUGAACACACGACGCAACGCACUAGAUGCUUCUACCCUGAGCACCGCACCGCACUGCACACCACCGCCAUUACAUCUCCGAGAGGCCUGCGAGAAACUGCUUCGCGUCGUGUUCAAGCAGAAAGAUGAUUUCUCCGUGGGACAGAUGGUACACGACGAGCUGCUGCCUCUGCUGCCAUGUUCGGACCGGAACCAUAAUCCUGGGUGUCUGGUACAUGCUCAUAAAUGCUGUGGUCCUGUUGAUUUUGCUGUCUGCUUUGAACGACCCAGUGCAGUAUCACUACCACCUCACCAGUGCUGAACUUGGUACAGACUUGGACGUCAUGGAUGAUGCAAACAUGUGCAUUGCUGCUGCAAUUUCCCUGCUGAUGAUACUGAUUUGUGGAAUGGCAACCUAUGGUGCUUAUAAGCAACAUGCUGCUUGGAUUAUUCCAUUUUUCUGCUACCAAAUCUUUGACUUCGCCCUCAACACUCUGGUAGCUAUAAGUGUCAUGGUUUACCCAAACACCAUUCAGGACUAUCUUGAGCAGCUGCCUGGGACCUUUCCAUACAAAGAGGACUUAAUGUCCACCAACAACUUCUGCUUAGUGUUUGCUGUACUUGUCUUCAUUGGCUGUAUUCUGGCCUUUAAGGCUUACCUGAUUGCCUGUGUGUGGAACUGCUACAGAUAUGUUAGUGGAAGAGGCACCACAGAGGUCUUGGUUUAUGUUACCACCAAUGACACAACAGUGCUGCUCCCGCCCUAUGAAGAGGUUGUUGCAAUCCCGCCGAAGGAGCCGCCCACUGAGUAGACUUUCAGAUUAGACAGAUGUUUUUUCUUUGACUUCAUUUUAUUCUCUAAAUAUCCUCCAAAGAAAAGAUUUUUCUGUCAUUGUUUUCCAUUUUCCCACUCAAGCACUUCCACUUUUUACUCUGUGACAUCUGUAUCCUUUUGCUCCAUGAAGGCAGUAGUGUGACUUUCUCUUCCCUCUGCGAGUCUUUACAGCCUUCCUGGCAGCCCAAUGCUGUGUGUCAACUCUAAUUUGGAUUUGCACUUUCAGCGUUCAGUGCUUACGCAUGGCACUGACCUUCCCCUCUUUUUUAAAUACUGUGAACUUUUCAGCACUGCUCUCGGCUACUAAAAUACCUGACAUUUAAAUGUAAUAAACACGCAAGUUACUUAAGAGCACUUCCAGACUGGCAGUUUUCCCAGGAACUUAUGGCAGCCAGGGUAAUAUAUGUAAAAAAAAAAAAAAAACACUGAAUUGUAAGAAAUCUUUCAGAAAAUCCUGAAUGAUCAGCGUAAAACUUUAUACCAACAGUAGGCACUAUUUAAUUCAAUGUCAAAAUUACUAAUACAUUUCAAAUAAUUUUCUAGACAUGCGUCAACAGGAAUAUUUUGCAAAUGUUCUAAAUUCCGAGAUCAGUAAAAUAACAUAUACCAUGUAUAUAUUUGCAAUUUAAUGAAAAACAAGGAUAUGAGUUUAAUGUGAAGGUAAUUAAGUCAUUUUUACAACUUUAGCCUCAUUAUCUUUCGUAGAAUUAUUUGAAUGCGGCUACUUCACACACUGCCCUGUAUUGCUGAUAUUAUUUCAGAUUUUACAUCCAGUGGCUAUCAGUCCUAUGCAGAGUCGCCACAUUGUUUUUGCACAUAAGUCUUUAUAAUUCAUGUUGUGUGUUCUAGAUAAUGAAAGACAAUGUAGUAUUGCUAUUACAACGCCCUGAAUGGGUUUGAAUAUGAGCGACAUAAAAAAUCUCAUGAAGUCUUCCCUAGCUCUAUUCUGCUUAGAAUUUCAUAAUGAAUUUGUUACUAUUAUAUAAAGAACUAUGCAACAUGUAUGCAGAAUUAUGUUAUACUGUAUUGUUUCAACACAGAGCACUUCAGUAUUAAUGUUUUAGAUAAAGCCUGCAGACUUUCUGUCACUGCUUUGUGUCAUGGUUUAAUACACACACACACACACACACACACACACACACACACACACACACAAAUAUAUAUACAUACACAUAUAUACAGUAUAUAUACAUAUAUAUAUACACAUAUCUACAGUAUAUAUAUAUGAUAUUAAUAUGAUAAUUUAAUAAUAAUAAUAAUAAUAGUAUUACAUAUAAUAUACAUCAUACUAUUUUUCUUUUCCUGAAUGGUGUAUACACUAUAUGGCUAUAUAUUUAUAUACAGUAUAUUUAUAUAUAAACUUUUACAUUAUUUAUGUUAUAAUUUCCACUGAUCACUUUUCUAUAUGGCUUCUGUCAUUGUUUAUUAGGAACUUUCUAGAGACCAAUGGAAGGAAAUAUGCUAUAAAAAAACAUUAUGACAUAAAUCUUACAAAAACAUCAACAAAAUAUAGAUAGACCAAUUGCUUUUACAUUAUUGAUACAUUCUAUAAAACAUAUAUCAAAUCAUUCAGAGCUCUUAAACUAUGUAAAGCAGUGACUGAUUGUCUGUCGGCUUCCAAGUAUUCCAUACAAGAGCUUUGGGUUGAAAUAUGGUAAUAUAUCACUAUAAACAACCUGCGGUAACCAUAUUUGCUGUUCCCUUGCUAUGAAUCAAAUCAUUAUUCAGAUUCAAUCAUUUUGUCCUGUGAUGUGUUUAGGUUCCUUAUAUUUAGCAUUAUACACUGAACCAGUCAUCUUAAAUUUCUGAGUGUGUAAUAUGUUUGCUUAGGGGAAAAAAAAGUCAAUUUUGAAAUUUCUUACUGAUUUUUACUGUUGGUCGUAUGUUUGUCUGUGAUUCGAACUUGACGUUCUAUCAGCUGCAAUAUUUGUACUGAUUAGUUCUUAAAAUUAAAAAAAUUCUCAAGUUGA